AUGGAUUCGGUUCUCCGCCAGUCCAAGGCCAUGUGCCCCUUCAUGAAGAAGGCGUCUGUUGCCACCCUCCGCGCCAUGUCGACGGCCACCCGUCCCCAGGCCUCCCCCUGCGGCGGGACCAUCUCCAAGCUGCAGGUGCUGGCCCACCGCUGCCCUGUCAUGGGGAAAGCCCUGGCUGUCCAGUCCGCCCGCUUUGGCCGUGCUGGCAUUCCGGGAGCUCACCCCAUCGCCAGGGCCUCGACCUUCUCUGGCGACUCGGGCAGGGCCCAGAAGGCGAAGCUGCACACCGGCCGCUCGUCCCAGGCCCAGCCUAUCGAUGCGCAGUCGCUGUUCAAGUCGCGUGCCAAGACCGAACUUCCCCCGGGCAUCUCGGUCGGCCGCCAGUCUGCCGCCACCCCGGCUCAAAGCAAGGACGCCGCCGGUGGAGAGCGUCAUGUUGGCAAGUUCAGCUAUGAGAACUUCUACGACGUCGAACUUGAGAAGAAACACAAGGACAAGUCGUACCGCUACUUCAACAACAUCAAUCGCCUUGCGAAGGAGUUUCCCCGCGCCCAUAUGUCCAGCAAGGAGGACCGCGUCACCGUCUGGUGCGCCAACGACUACCUUGGCAUGGGCCGCAACCCCAACGUGCUGAAGGCGAUGCACGAGACGCUCGACGAGUACGGAGCCGGCGCGGGUGGCACGCGGAACAUCUCGGGCCAUAACAGGCAUGCGGUGGAGCUCGAGGGAACCAUCGCCAAACUCCACGCGAAGGAAUCCGCAUUGGUCUUCAGCUCUUGCUACGUGGCUAACGAUGCGACUCUCGCUACACUGGGCAGCAAGUUGCCCGAUUGCGUGAUCCUGUCCGACAGUUUGAAUCACGCAUCCAUGAUCCAGGGCAUCCGUCACUCUGGGGCCAGGAAGUUAAUCUUCAAACACAACGACGUUCAGGACCUGGAGGCCAAGCUGGCGUCCUUGCCUCUCCAUGUCCCCAAGAUUAUCGCAUUCGAAUCCGUCUACAGCAUGUGCGGCUCGAUCGGGCCGAUCGAGGCCAUCUGUGAUCUCGCGGAGAAGUACGGCGCGCUUACCUUCCUCGACGAAGUUCAUGCCGUCGGGAUGUACGGACCACACGGCGCCGGCGUGGCAGAGCAUCUCGACUUUGAGGCCCACGCCCAGGGCAGACCGCGCGGGACGAUCCAGGACCGCAUUGAUAUCAUUACCGGAACCCUCGGCAAGGCAUACGGCUGUGUCGGCGGCUACAUCGCCGGCAGCGCCAAGUUCAUCGACACGGUCCGCUCCCUUGCUCCCGGUUUCAUCUUCACAACGUCACUCCCGCCGGCCGUCAUGGCCGGCGCGAAGGCCGCCAUCGAAUACCAGAUGGAAUACGACGGCGACCGUCGCCUCCAGCAGCUACACACCCGGGCCGUCAAGGAGGCGCUGAACGAGCGGGACAUCCCCGUGAUCCCGAACCCGAGCCACAUCAUCCCCAUCCUGGUGGGCAACCCCGAGCUCGCCAAGACGGCGAGCGACAUGCUGCUGCGGGACCACCAAAUCUACGUGCAGAGCAUCAACUACCCGACGGUGCCCGUCGGCCAGGAGCGGCUGCGCAUCACCCCGACCCCGGGCCAUACCAAGGAGUACCGCGACCAGCUCGUCGGGGCCGUCGAGUCGAUCUGGGGCGAGCUCGGCAUCAAGCGCACCAGCGAGUGGGCCGCCGAGGGCGGCUUCAUCGGCGUGGGCGAGCCGCGCGGCCACGAGGAGCAGCCCCUCUGGACCGACGAGAACCUCGGCAUCGCCCAGGCCGCCCGCGAGAUCCGCGCCGCCGAGCCCGAGCCGCUAUGCCGCAGCCGCUUCACCGAGAGGCUCCUGGAGCGCGAGAUGAAGGGCGCCAGUAUCGCCGUGGGCGCCGCCGCCGCUUGA